GUGAGGAACGAGUUUUACAAGGACACACAGGGGGUCAUCCUGGUCUACGACGUCGGACAAAAGGAGUCUUUCGAUGCGCUGGACGCGUGGCUGGCUGAGAUGAAGCAGGAGCUGGGCCCUCACGGGAACAUGGAGAACAUUGUCUUCGUUGUCUGUGCGAACAAGAUCGACUGCACGAAGCACCGCAGUGUGGAUGAAAGCGAGGGGCGGCUCUGGGCAGAGAGCCGGGGCUUUCUGUACUUUGAGACAUCGGCACAAACAGGAGAAGGAAUUAACGAGAUGUUUCAGACUUUCUACUCCGCCAUCAUUGACCUGUGUGACAACGGUGGGAAGCGCCCUCCUUCCAGCAUGGGGGUUGGCUUCACCAAAGAGCAGGCAGAUGCCAUUCGCAGGAUCCGCAACAGCAAGGACAGCUGGGACAUGCUGGCGGUCAAACCCGGAGCCACAAGGGAUGAAGUGAACAAAGCCUAUCGGAAGCUGGCUGUGCUGCUCCACCCCGAUAAGUGCGUGGCUCCCGGCAGCGAGGACGCCUUCAAAGCAGUAGUGAACGCCCGGACCGCGCUUCUCAAAAACAUCAAGUAG